AUGUGCAAAAAACUACGAUGCGGUCCGGCUGCGCUGAGCGCGCGAACGCGCCCAAACCACCGACCCCCUCGCUAUGACUCGGAAAGGGAGGCGGCAAGCGUCACAGGAAGAUCCUGCGAGACAACAUCCAGGGCAUCACCAAGCCGGCCAUCCGUCGUCUCGCCCGCCGAGGGGGAGUCAAGCAUAUCUCUGGCCUCAUCUACGAGGAGACCCGCGGCGUCCAAGUCCUUCCUGGAGAACGUGAUCCGUGACGCAGUCACCUACACCGAGCACGCCAAGAGAAAGACCGUCACUGCCAUGGACGUCGUCUACGCCCUCAAGAGGCAGGGGCGCACCCUCUACGGAUUCGGCGGCUGA